AUGGCUCACGUGAGACAUUUUCGGACACUAGUUUCGGGAUUUUACUUCUGGGAAGCAGCAUUGUUACUCAGUUUGGUUGCCACAAAGGAAACAAAUAGUGCCAGAUCUCGAAGUGCUCCAAUGUCACCUUCUGACUUUCUGGAUAAAUUAAUGGGGAGGACAUCAGGGUAUGAUGCAAGAAUAAGACCUAAUUUUAAAGGCCCUCCAGUCAAUGUCACCUGCAACAUCUUCAUAAACAGCUUUGGCUCUAUUGCAGAGACAACCAUGGAUUACAGAGUGAAUAUCUUUCUACGUCAGAAAUGGAAUGAUCCUCGCCUUGCAUACAGUGAAUAUCCUGAUGAUUCUUUAGAUCUCGACCCUUCCAUGUUGGACUCCAUUUGGAAACCUGAUUUGUUCUUUGCCAAUGAAAAGGGUGCCAACUUUCAUGAAGUCACUACAGACAACAAAUUGCUGAGAAUUUUCAAAAAUGGAAAUGUUCUUUACUCAAUUAGAUUGACAUUAACACUUUCCUGCCCAAUGGAUCUGAAGAAUUUUCCCAUGGAUGUACAAACAUGUAUAAUGCAACUGGAAAGUUUUGGGUACACAAUGAAUGAUCUCAUUUUUGAAUGGCAAGAUGAGGCACCUGUACAAGUGGCAGAAGGACUCACUUUACCCCAAUUUCUGUUAAAAGAGGAAAAAGAUUUACGAUAUUGCACUAAACAUUACAAUACAGGAAAGUUCACAUGUAUAGAAGUGAGAUUCCAUCUUGAGCGACAAAUGGGAUACUAUCUGAUCCAGAUGUACAUUCCCAGUCUCCUCAUUGUUAUUCUGUCCUGGGUUUCAUUUUGGAUCAACAUGGAUGCAGCUCCAGCCAGGGUAGCAUUGGGAAUAACCACAGUGCUGACUAUGACCACACAGAGUUCAGGAUCACGAGCUUCUUUACCAAAGGUUUCAUAUGUCAAAGCUAUUGAUAUUUGGAUGGCAGUUUGCCUCCUUUUUGUGUUUUCAGCACUUCUGGAGUAUGCAGCUGUAAAUUUUGUAUCAAGGCAGCACAAGGAACUUCUGAGAUUUCGAAGAAAGAGAAAGAAUAAGACAGAAGCUUUUGCACUGGAGAAGUUUUACCGUUUCUCAGACACGGAUGAUGAGGUCAGGGAAAGUCGAUUCAACUUCACAGUCUAUGCAGUGGGACCUUGUCUGCAAGCAAGAGAUGGUGUGACUCCAAAAGGCCCAAACCAUGCUGCCCAGGUAACGCCAAAAAGCCCCGAUGAAAUGAGGAAGAUCUUUAUUGACCGGGCCAAGAAGAUCGACACCAUCUCCCGAGCCUGCUUCCCGUUGGCCUUCUUGAUUUUUAAUAUUUUCUACUGGGUUAUCUAUAAAAUUCUUAGGCAUGAGGAUAUUCAUCAGCAACAAGAUUAG